AUUAAUGGUUUGAGUUGGAGGGACGCGCUGUUUGUUUUGCGCAUGUGUGUUCCAGUGUGUUUGGCAAGUGUUGGACGUCAGGGGCUGAACUGCUGUCAACAUCACAAAUGCAAGAGACACAUCAAGCUGAGAUCCAGCACACGCAACAUCAGCACUGAUCCAGAUAUCCUCUGUGAAGAGCAAGAAUCCCACUGAUCAGAUGAGAGAGGGCACAGAUUCUGAGAUGAGCAUGUCAGUCGGUGGCUACCUCUCCGCAUCAGACACGUUUGACAUCACAGAGCCGCCGCAGUACUACGAUGUUCUUGUGGAUCCACUGAGCUGCUCUUACCAAGAACCAGAUCUACAAAGUCCUCUCUAUGGCCAGCAGCCGUUCAGCCCUGUUAAUGUGCAGUUCUCCAUGUACGGAGCGCCAAACCCUCAAGCGUGCAACCCACCGUACCCCUACAGCCAUCAGUGCUCUGAAUACAUCUGUGAGCCUGAGAUGGAGGUCCAAAGCCCAACAAGAGGCAGCAUUAUUGGUCUUCCAGUGCUGAAAAGGUCCAGGAUGGGCCAUGGAGCUCGGGUGAAAGGCCAGGAUGAGCUGUGUGUGGUGUGUGGAGAUAAAGCCUCGGGAUAUCACUACAAUGCCCUCACCUGUGAGGGCUGCAAAGGUUUCUUCAGACGCAGCGUGACUAAAAAAGCUGUGUACCGCUGCAAAAGUGGUGGAAGCUGUGAGAUGGACAUGUACAUGCGGAGAAAGUGUCAGGACUGCAGACUACGCAAAUGCAGAGCCGUCGGGAUGCUGGCAGAGUGCCUGCUUACAGAAGUGCAAUGCCAGUCGAAGAGACUGAGGAAGGGCUACAAGAACAAAGGACACAACGGGUCAACGGGAAGAGCUGAAGAUGACUACUCUGAAAGCAGAAGCGUCUCGUCCACCAGCAGAUUCACCACACGGGUAUCAUCUAGUUUCUCCAAAGAGCAGAGGUGCAUUCUGAAUAGAAUUGUUGAGGCUUAUCGUAGGUACAUAAUUCAAGACAACACGCACUGCUCGGUGCCUCUGUGGUCAAGUUUAACAAAUACAGAUCUGACUCCUCCUCAGACGGAGAAGCUUUUGCAAUUUUUGAGGAGUGUACCUGGGUUUGAGCUUUUGGAUAAUUCUGACCAGAACACACUUCUGUCCAGUUCUUCAGUUGAAGUCAUGUUCCUACUCUUAGCUCAGCAGUUCUCCGAGAACCCCACUAGUGUUAGCACUGCUUUAUACCCAGCAAAUUCAAAUAACUCAAACCCUGAUUGGGCGAAAGCUUUAGAGUCCAAGACUGGGAACAGCCACAGGAUACUGACCCACUCAGGGUUGAACGAUGAGCUCUUAAGGUCUGUGGUAAAUUUCCUCCACAGCAUGGUGAAUAUUGCGGUAACCGAGGCUGAAUAUGCACUUCUAACGGCGACGGCAGUGUUGUGUUCAGACAGGCCAUCUCUGCGUGCAGUGAGCUGUGUUGAGAACUUACAGGAGUUUGUUUUGGAGCUCCUGUCCCGAGUUUGCUGCUGCUGUAGUCAGGGGACAACGCAGGACCCGCGCCGCUUCGCCAGGCUCCUGGGACGGCUGACGGAGCUGAGAACACUACGACACAACCACCUCACCCUUCUCCCACAGCAACCCUGGGACAUGCAGUCCUGAGACAGCCUUCAGGGAGAGAGAUUUAUGACAUCUGAUCUCUGUUGCAAUUGCAAUACACAUUUAAUUUUUACCCAAAACAAUAUCCCAGGUCAAUGUACUGUAGGUUACCCAUGCACAAACAUAGUUUAGUUUAAUAAUAAUAAAAAAAAAAAAGAGUAAGCCUCAUGAUGUGGUUUUCUUAUAUGCAUUAAAUAAAAAUGUUUAUUUUGUG